UGAUGGGCAGCUGCAGCAGCAAAAGAUGCGGGAUUUUGUCUCCAGGCUUUUCCAGGGAAGCCCCGAUCUCAGAUGCUGUUUGACGUUAUAACUCAUGGUCUGUUGCAGUAUCCUCACUCAUGCUAUCAUUCGGAAGAAGUAUCUUGACGAUGUCGGGCUAGAGAAUCUAUCCAAACAGGAGAAGGAGCAACUCAAACAACUGGUAGAGGAAGAACUGGUCCAGAUAAAGGUUGAUCAACCCCCAAGCAAUGUAGAGUUAAGGACUGAAGCCCAGCAUUCCUUCAAAUCUGGAGACCACAAGAGACCCCUUCAUAUCUCCCAUAGUUUGGAGGAUGAGAUUAAAAAUGAACAGAAGCAGAAAAAGCAAAAGAUUGAAAAGAAGUUAGAAGUCAGUUCUGAUGAAAAGGAUUCUGGGAUUGAUUCUAAGAAGAGGCCAUGCUACAAGAGUCAAAAACGUCGCAGUAUGAUUUCAGAUUCUUCUGAUCAAGGAAACUCCGGAGCUGGAAAUAACUGUGAUGAGUCUGAAAGCGAUGAGGAAACUACAAAGAGCAAACGAAAACCAUCCCUUCAGGAGGCAAGACGGGAGAGAGGGCCAGGCACGAUCAGGGGCUCCCAGAAAAGGGGGGUGAGUGAAUCUGAGGAGACCACCACCGACACAGGACAGAGUGACCUUGAAGAUGAGGUCAAAGGACAGAGGAAGGCCAUAAAAAGGAACAGCUUGAAGCAAAGAGACUUCAAGAAAAAGGUGGACAAAGAGUCUAAAGCUAAUGAUCCCAAAGGCAAAGCAAAAAUCAGGACAAUGAGUAAGCAAAGAGAGGAAAGGAGCCUAUCAGAGGGAGAAACUGAUUUGUCAGAGGUAGAAGAAAUUUCUGAAAAGAAAAGAGAAUGGAGCGAGAGUGAAGAGAAGAAGCCACUCAGUACUAAUAAAGCACAGCAGAGGAUGGGUCCGGGAACCCAGAAAGGUUCGAAGGAAAACAAGAGUGAGGAUGACUCAGGAAGUGGUUCUGAUAAAAAAUGUAAUUUGCAGAAGAAGAUGGCAGACAGCCAAUGCAGAAGGAAGAGUAGAGUUAUAGAGGAUUCAGGGAGCAGUUCUGAGAAUUCUGCAAGUCAAAGUCCAAUGAAGAAAGAGGGAGCAAAGAGGGCCAGGGGAGAAAGAGGGAGCCCGCAGACUGGAAAUCACUCCAAACCCAAAAGGCAGCCUAAAGAAAGGGGGGUGCAGAAGAAGUUGCCGAGAGAAGAUCUGCACAUGAAGAAACCAGAGGAAGUGAAGAAAAUGACGCAAAAGGUUCAGGAGUCCACCAGUGAAGAAUCUGAAAGUGAGUCAGGGGAAUGUAAGAGCAUGGGAGCAGAGGAGAAUUUGCUUCAGAUUCCCACUAGCAGUGAAGACAAGACAAAUCAAGGCCAGCCUAGGGAGGAGGCUCUAAUAAGUUCCCCGUCAGAGAGCGAAUCUGAUGGAGAUCCGAGGAGGGCCCUGGAAAAGGAGAGCAAGCAUGACUCUGAGUCUGACUCAAGUCAAGGGGAGGAGAAGUUGAGGAAGAGAGGACUUCAAGGCGAGAGGAAUCGAGGCCAGCCGAAGAAGGCGGCUCUAAGUUCCCCGUCAGAAAGCGAGUCAGAGAAGAGCGAGGAUGGAGAUCCGAGGAGGACCCUGGAAAAGGAGAGCAAGCAUGACUCUGAGUCUGACUCAAGUCAAGGGGAGGAGACGUUGAAGAAGAGAGGAGCUCAGAAGACACAGAGAAAGAGCAUCAGUAAAGAAAUCUCCGUUCUUGGCUCUGAAGAUUCAGGAAGUGAGCUUAAGGGAAAGAAAAAAAUCCAAAGCCAGCAGCAGAGAACGACCAAAAAGCUCCAGAGGAGGAGUGCUACCAAGGAGAAACAAGGGGAGGAGUCCAGCCAGGAAAAGGACUCCAGCUCAGAAGAGGACGAGCCCACUACUUCUCGGCAGCAACAUCUUGGAAAGGAUAAGAAGCAUCGUUCUGGAAAGAAAGAGGAGCAUCCCUCCAUCCAACGUCUGAAACGCUACAUCCGGGAAUGUGGUGUGCAUCGGAAUUACAAAAAGCUCCUGGCAGGUUGCCACUCCCGCAAAGCUCAGAUAGAGGUUCUCAAAGAAGAGCUGGAAAGUCUUGGCAUAAAAGGAACUCCAUCUCUGGCCAGGUGCAAAGCACUAAAGCAGAAGCGGGAAGAAGUAGCCAAAUUGGCUUCUCUUGAUGUCAACAAUAUUAUUGCUACAGAAGGCCGUCCAAAGCGUCGCAACGUCUGGAGCCUUUACAAUGAGCCCCAGGAGUUGCCCAGUUCGCCAGAGGAGCCGGCCGUUCGCCGUCGCGCCACAGACUGGUCCCAUCUUCGAGGAGUGAUCAGUUCAGAUGGGGAAAGCGGUUGACUCUGAGGUGGAAGAGAUGCCAGGAUUCAUUGAUUUCAUUGAUGAUCUUUGGAGAGGAAAAAGUGAUUUAAUUAAUCAAACGAAGGACCCUCUUUUAUUUUUUUUUCCCCUUCUGGUCAGAAUGCAAAGAAAAUUAAUUCCUGCUACGUUAUCCUUAUUUUUUUAAUUAUUAUUGUUUUUGUUGCAUUUUCCCUGGCCAAAGGUCAAGAACAGAAGUGCCUGAGUUGAAAGUACAUUUUCUGAAGAUGGACACAGAAGGAAAUCCAUUUUUUCCCUUUUAACAAGUUUUGUCAAUUUUGCCAUUACAUCAUUUUGAACUAUCCUUGUAAAAAUGUAGAGUAUUACUUCCUUAAUACAUUUAUGAGGCAUUCCUUCCGUUUUCUGAAGAUUAAAUCUUUUUCUUGGCUAGAUUUCAUGUCCCUAUUGCUAUGUGAUCUGAGUCACUAUCUCUUUACAUGUGACAUUUUUUAAAGAUUUCAUGAAAAUGAAGGUUUAUAUU